CGUUUGGAUCAUUUCAUUUUGCGAGCGGAAGGCGCAGCAUGCAGCUCACGGUCACGUACGAAGAGCAUGUGCUCCAGGUCGAGGUCGACGCGGCCGACCCGAUCGAGAACCUCAAGGCCAUCAUCGAGGCCGAGAUCAACCUGCCCAUGGCCCGUCAGAUCUUGGUGCUCAACGGCCGACAAGUGAACCCAGACCACACGGUGGGCCAAGCGGGGAUCCAGAACAACGACUUGAUCCUGGUGACGACGCCGGCCACGGCCGCGCCGCCACCGGCCCCAGCGAUGGGCGCGGCACGUCUUGGGGGACCUGCGACCCAAGCCCGUGCUGGCAUGACCUUGCAAGACAUUCCGCCCAAUUGCUCGGCGGAGCUGCUCAUUGAGAUCAUGCGCUUGAAUCCGCAGUUGCUACGCCAGGUGGAGAGCGGGAACGCGCCCAUGGCCGCGGCCAUCCGGGCCAACAACGUCUCGGAAGUGCGCAUGCUCUUGAUGAAGCAGUACAUGGAAGCCGCCAGCCGCAAGUACCAAGAGGAACAAGAGCUCAUUGCUCUCAACGCCAACCCGUUCUCGGAAGAAGCGCAAGCCAAGAUCGAAGAAGCCAUCCGGCUCGGGAACGUCCAGCAGAACAUGGAGAUCGCCAUGGAAGAGAUGCCCGAGGCAUUUGGCCGUGUCUCGAUGCUGUACAUCCCCACCGUUGUCAACGGCACACCCGUCAAGGCGUUCGUCGACUCGGGCGCGCAGUCGACCAUCAUGUCUUCGAGCUGUGCGGAGCGCUGCGGCAUCAUGCGUCUCGUCGACCGGCGCUACGCCGGGCAGGCGGUCGGCGUGGGGACAGCCAAGAUCAUUGGCCGCGUGCACAUGGCCGAGCUCAAGAUUGGUUCGAUCUUUUACAACUGUAGCUUUACCAUCCUCGACCAGCAGGGCGUCGACUUUCUCUUCGGCUUGGACAUGCUCAAGCGCCACCAGUGCUGCAUCGAUCUGCACCGUAACCUCUUGGUCUUGCGCGACCCGACGGGCUCGCACGAAGUGUCGUUCUUGCCCGAGCACGAGAUUCCUGUGAGCGGACACGACGCGCCGCCGACCACGCCGUUGCCAUCGACACCAACACCGGCCCCCGCGGCGCCGUCGACUCCUGCACCGACGACGCCUGGUUUGUCGCCAGACCAGGCGGCCAAAGUCGCCCAACUGGUUGCCUUUGGCUUUCCAGAAGGACCGGCGCUUCAAGCGCUGCAGUCGUGCAGCUGGAACGUCGACAUUGCUGCCGGCCUCCUCUUUGAAAACUAGGAAGUGGAUUUUACAACACAAAUGCCAAUCGCC